GAGUGAGCAAGAGAUGUCAAAAGAGCAAGCAGGAACUCCCUCUCCUAGGUGUUGCUCCACUUCUUCCACACUUGAGGAACAUUGAAAAGAAUCAAGGACAGGUGUGUUUUUCUUUUCAAGCUCCACAUCACCUCCAUGGCUGACAAAAACACAACACAAGCCUCCGCUAACUCCAGCAGCCAAUUGCAGGACGACGCUUCCAGAGGAGUCCAAAUUACAGUCACUCUGCUUAUUUUUCUGGUGGGCGUAUCUCUGAAUGGGUUGGUGGUCUGGGCACUUGGACUCCGAGGUCGGCGUCACCUGGUGCGCAGAGGCAGCACUGAGGAAACGCGUGCUGCCAGCAGUUUCAGAGUCUAUGUCCUGAACUUGGCCGUGGCUGAUCUUAUCUUGCUCCUGCGGACUCCUCUCAUGGUUGGCUAUAUUGUUAACAAGGACAGUUGGCCAUUUGGAAAGGAAUUCUGUCACCUGAUAAUGUUCCUGCGAUGUCUUGGGCUGUACGCCUCUGCUUUCCUCCUUUGUGCUGUGGCUCUGGAACGUUGCUUGUGUCUCCUCAGGCCUGUGUGGGCUCGACUGAAACGACCCUCCUGGGCUGUUCCUCUGGUAUGUGGAGUCCUAUGGCUGAUGGCCUUCAUCUUUUCUGUCCCCUACAUCUACUUUGCUGAAUUGAAGAAAGUAUCCGGCAAAUACCAUUGCGUGGAGAGCGGAAAUUUUAAUCUAGGAUUGUUUCUAACAGAAACAAUAGCUGGCUUCAUAUUGCCUCUCAUGGUAUUCGUGGCAAGUAACUUGGCCGUUUUGGUCACCGUUAACAAAGCCAUGCCUUCAACACCCAGUGGCACAACACCAUCAAUGGCACGUAAGAUGACCAGGAUGUACCAUGUGCUCUUUUCCACCAUGGUCCUCUUUCUCACCUGCUGGGUGCCCUACUUUGUCUGUCGCUUCGUGCAAGCCCUGGCAGACGAUAAGUCUGUUUUGUACUACUCAGCACAGAAGGCCGUAUAUAUCUGUCUGUUUCUGGUGUACAUCAAAAGUGCUCUUAAUCCUGUGCUGUACGUGUUUGCUGCCAGAGGCCUGGGCCGUGCCAUCAAAAAUUCACUCGUCUCAACAAUUGAAAGACUUUUCAAUGAGGAAUCCUAUGAGUCCAUACGAAGGAAGUCACUCAAGACCUCCCAGAUCUGAUCCAGCUGUUUAGAACUGUUUUGACAUAAUACUUAUAGACAACCUGAUUCAUCCAUUUUCUAUCCACGCCGAGGAGGGGCUCCAGUAGCCAAGGGGCAAGAGAAAGGGUCCACCCUGGACAGGUUCUCCAGAACUACACAUGACAACAAUGUACAACUCAAGAGCAGUUUAGAGUGGUUGAUUAACCUAAUUGCUAUUUUUGGACUGUGAGAGGCCAACCUGGAGUGAAGUCUACAAAGAAAGGGCAUUUGAGCCCGGGACUUUCUGUGAAGCUUUGGUUGAUUUUUUGUUUUUAUUUGUAAAAUUUCUUGUCCUCCCCGGCUUAGACCUUUCCUGCUUCCCCCAAUAUGAACAUUGUAAAUAAAAUCUAAGGAAUGUAACCGUGAAGCACUUUAUGUCAGUGUUUUUCAAUGUGUAUAUGAGACAGAGAAACAUGUUUUUGGGAAUGUAUAAAAUGUAUUUUGAAAUUGUGUGUUUGUGAAGCUAUUAAUAAAGAUUGUUUU